AUGUUUACUCCCAUUGAAACUCUCCUAGGAGGCGUAUUCCUCCAUCUCGCCACCUCCCAGUUCCUGACAGACACGGGUCGUGUGUUUGGCAUCUCCUCUAUUGUUGAUGGAGCUGUGCUUGGAAAGCAUGAAGGAUGGCGGCUCGCAGCUACGGGAGGCUUACUGCUCGGUCCCCUUGUGGGAGCUCUCACAGGAUUGACCAAGGUCUAUCCUGGCCAUGCCCUUUUUGCUGUGCAGGCGAUCGACGUACGAAGAAUAGCCGUUGCUGGUGUGCUGGUGGGCCUGGGAAGUCGUCUCGGAUCUGGCUGCACGAGUGGGCAUAUGCUCUGCGGCGUGUCUAGGUUGUCCCCUCGGUCGCUUGUCUCUACAGCGAUCUUCUUUUCUACUGCAGUGUUGGUAGCCAACCUCUUUCCAUUAUCUCCAGUCCCAUCCCUACCUGCAUACGCCCUGAACAUUCCCUCGGUGGCCACCAUCGCCGCCAUCGCUAGUAGUACAGUCGCUGCGAAACUGCUGUACAAGGCCAUCACCUCUUGGACUUCCUCCACCGCAACAGACGCCCCAUCGGCCAUUUCUCGCCUCACCCCCUACUUUCUCGCAGGCCUCACCUUUUCCCUCGGUCUGUCCAUCUCGGGCAUGACCGACCCCUCCAAAGUCGCUGGUUUCCUGCGCUUCCCCACUCCCUUUGCUUUCGACCCCUCACUCGUUAUGGUCAUGGUUGGCGGCGUCUUGCCCAACGCCAUCCAUUAUGCUUCCACCAUGAAGAAGGCCCUUGGCAAACCUGAACCAGCACUUGCCUGGGAGCAAUGGAACGUGCCAUCGAGGAGGGACAUCGAUUGGAGACUCGUGGCGGGAGCUGUGGUGUUUGGUGCAGGAUGGGGUUUGGCUGGAAUCUGCCCAGGGCCGGCACUCGUGUCGCUCGGAGAGGUUGUCGUGUCGGCGCUGGGGGGAGGCGUCUCCUCAGCAGCCGCUGGCAAGGUGUCCACCUUUGCCAUCAGCAUGCUGGGAGGCAUGGCUCUCGGACAUCAGAUCUAG